AUGGCCAGCUGGACUCUCGUUUUUAGCAAUGUGUUGAACCAACACAAGGAUUCCUUUGUUGCAGCUAAAGGAAAUUCUGCUAUCAGGGCUCACAUCCUCAAAGUAAUCAAAGAUGCUAUAGGGAGCAGUGAAGCAGCCAAAGACCCUUGUGUCAUGCUUCCAGAGAAAAAUCUUCGGAAGGCUGUUCAGGAAGAAAUUAUUGAGGGAGGGCAUAAAGACAGAUCUGCUGCAGAUGCUGUGACUGUAGAGAUGGUGAGAGAACGGGAAAAUGAUAAGCCUGAGGAAGCUGGGAAGUACAAGACAGAAUUCUCCGGUUUUGAUGUCGCCCAAAAAUUAUUCAAGGAUGAAUUUGGAGAAUAUGACAAGAUGCACCGCAAUACCUUUGACCAAAAGUCUAUGGGCCAGAGGACAAAAUUGGCCCGGGCAUGGCACCAGGCUAUGUCCUCUGAGGUGAAACAGGAGCUCAUCCAGGUUGCUGGAAAAUGGAAUCGAGAAGGACCUCCUGCAGAUACCAAGGAUAGAUACCGUACUUGUAACCAGAAAAAAGUCAUGGAGGACUUUAUGGGCAUGGUUCGCAGAACUAUGGGGUUGCAUCUCGUCAUCCUUACAGCCCAUGAUCGAGGUGAGGGAAAGGCUCCUGGAACUACUCUGCGAAAAAAACCUUUUACUCAGACAUCGAAAGACAAUAAGAAAUGGGCUGGAGAUGCUCAAGAUCGUCUUGCAGACUGGCUCCUUGAAGCAGAAUAUGCUGAUGAAGAGGAUAGUGAUGGAGAGGACAGUGAGGAUGAUGAUCUUCCAGAUUUGACUGUUGAGGUCGAUGAUGAUGGUCACCCUUGCCUACCAAAAGGGUUUGGAUCUCUCAAGCUGAAGCACAGGCAAAAGGUUGUUCGCACUGUCUUUCAAAAGGCCUACUCUCUUAUUACCAACAAUCCCCGGGCUCCAGUGCCCUGGGGUGAAGUGUCUGAAAAUCCCGAUCACUAUCUUGAUUCGGAAUGUAUCCCUAAGAAUGUCGUCAUCAAGGACCCUUCCCACCUGCAAAAGGACACAAUUGCUGCAAUUUAUUCCCACUGGAUAGAUUGUGCUAGUCAUGGCGCACCAAUUCCCUCCAAGAAGGGAGAUGAGGAAGAUCGCUUGAAGAAGAUUGAUGAUGGUAAAAGCUCUUCAGAUGAAGAUGAAGACAACUUGGACAUCACUCCCAUUGCUGAUUCCAGCCCCAAAUACCAUGUCACUAGGGACAUGGUAUCUUAUCUCAAGUCUCUCUCUAUCAUCCCUUCAUAUCACCAGCCUUCUUGCUGCAGUUCAAAAGCUUCCGAUUCCAAGGCAUGGAAACAGCAACUCCCUAUCUGGGUGUCCUGGACAUGGUCUCAGGCUUAUCUGCCUAAAGACAUCCAUGAGAAUAUGGAAACUGCCUCCGCUGCACUGGAGAAUUUGCUUAACUACAAGUUCAAUUCUCGUGGAUGGGGCAUGAUUGUGGUCCUGGGACUUGGACUUCUACUUCGUGAGUGUAGACGUGCUCAGGAGUAUGAAGAGGAUGAAGCCACAGAUGAUGUACCUGACUACUUGGGUAACUCUAUCUUGGGCUUCCAGUUGGGUGACCAGAUUGUGGACAAGAUUGCAGGGAUAGAGGCUGAAGUCGAAGCCAUAUGGAAAGAUGAGAAUUUGGGGUUGUCUGUUGUGAGGCAAGAUAUUGAGAAGAGGCGUGGGGAGGAAAGAAAGAAGUUGGAGGAGAACCGGAAGGCAGAAGAGGCUAGGGUUAUUGAGGAGAAGAGGGUGGAAGAUGAGAAGAGGGCAAUGGAGGAGAAGAGGGUUGAAGAAGAGGCAAGAUUGGCUGAGGAAGCAAGCAAGGCAGAGAAGAGGGUGAGGAAAUCUAAUGCCAAAGGGAAGGGUAAGAGGCCUGCUGCAGAUGUGGAAGAGCCAUCCAAGAAAAAAGUGAAGUCUUCCCCUCCUGAUCCCCCUCGUCAUUCUGGGAGAGACAAAGUCACAUCAAAGAAAUACAAUGCCUGA